UAAAAAAUUACAUGUUAGAUAAAAAAGUUAGUUGAUAAGUAGAAAAAUAGGGUGAUAGAUGAAAUCUUUUAGACGUGGCGGUAUUGAGGCGCAAUUAAAUAAAAAUUAAAAGAAAGAAAGAAAAGGGUGUGAGGGCUGCAAAUAAAGAAAGGGUAAGGAUGUGUGUGAAAUCCUUGGACAGGACAGGAGGCCUUUAUUAUUUAUGUGUGUUUGGGUUGGGUGUCUCUUAAUAAAAAUCUGAUCUGAUAAGAAGAGGCGGGGCGGAGUGGAUGGUGUAUUCAUAGAUAUCCCAGGCCAGCGAUCGAAUUGAAGAGAGAUGGGGGGGCAGUUUGGGGACACGACGUACACGAAAGUAUUUGUGGGCGGGCUGGCCUGGGAGACUCACAAGGAAACCAUGGAGAAGUACUUCCAGCAGUUCGGUGAUAUCUUGGAAGCUGUUGUCAUCUCCGAUAAGGCCACCGGCAGAUCCAAGGGCUAUGGCUUUGUAACAUUUCGGGAGGCGGAAGCGGCGAUGAGAGCAUGCGUGGAUGCAUCACCAGUGAUUGAUGGGAGAAGGGCCAACUGCAAUCUCGCUUCUUUGGGUGUUCAAAGAUCCAAGCCAAACACCCCCAAACCUGCCGCCGCCGCAGCAGCAGGUGGAGUGAUGAAUUACAGUGUAAUGAAUGGCUUUCAGGGAGGAUUUGGAGCAACAACAACAUUUCCAUCUUCAUCAACCUUCCCUCACUAUGCCAUCCAACAAGCCCUCCCUUAUCCUUAUGGGUACUCUUCUUACUCGCCGGACUAUACCUAUCCCACGAAUCAGGCAAUACAGUCACUUCAGCCAGAAUUUCAUAAAUUUCAGCAGAAUCAGCCAAUUCAGCCGAUUUUGGUGUUACCAAAUGAGCUCUGAGUUUAAUGGGAGUAGUUUUUUCUGUUGAGCGUUACAUCGAUCAUUGUACGUGGUUUUGACUAGACACUAUAGCAACCGCCCAAAUGUAAACAAAAACUACUGAUCCCAUUAUUUCUUUAAUGGAAAAAGUAGUGCGUGACACUUUUUUGCUUUCCAGAUUUACUUUUCUGUUUCCGCGUUUUCAAAAUUGAAGACUGUCCCCCGUCUUCAUUGUGAUUCCUGUUACAAACCUUCAGACCAUCUCAAUGUAAACUUCAAAUAUUCACAAUAUAAAACAAGUGUUUGCAUUUCAGCUUUGAUAGUCAUUGCUAUUCACUUUUUUAUGAAUAAUAAAAUUCUUUAAUACUGCGUACCAUUUAUUAUUAUGAUCAUAAAAAUGUUGUUUGUGUACAUAAUUUAUUAUAAAUAAUUAUAUAUAUAUAUUGACAAUUUGGUAAAGUUUAUAUGAUUCUAAUCAUUUUUACUUUAUUUUUACUUUAUCAAAAUUACAUAAAACACUUUUUCUUGUCACGUCUCAUUGUUAUGGAACCAAGGGAGUAGUAGGUUACCUUUCGUGUCCGUUCUCAUUAAAACUAGAAUUUCCUAACUUGCAAUUCUUUGGGAAGCUAGGCGGCGUAGAUAUACAGUCACAUACUAUCGUAUUAGGUAGUACUGUAUGUUUUAAUACUCGGUAAUAUUUAGAUAUUUCCCCCGAAAUAUGUAUAUAUUAUUACAGUAUGAUGAUAUAUAUAGAUAUGGGUGUGCGCCUGUGUAGAGUUACUACGGAAUGUACGCUGGUGGGGCGAUGGCAGGGCAGUAUCAUCUGUACGGUAGUGGGACAAAUGGAAUGCUAUCUGCGGCUGCUGCCUUCUACCCUUACCUUAAUUUCGGCGACGGAGCAACCACCGCCACUGCAGGCCAGCCCUACGGUGCACAGUACCCACACCACCUGUUUCAAUACUCCGCUGCCAUGACUACCACCUCCGGCUACCCUGCACAUCACUACGCCACCCCCAUCUCUCUGGCGCACACGCCUCCACUCCAAUCAGUUUGUUGUUUUGUGGUACCACAGGCGUGAAAAUGGCGACCGCCGCGUUAGGGACACCAAUUCCUCCACACCGUUAAGCUAGAGAUUCAUUAUUCAUUCAUUGAAGCUAGGCUAAGGAAAGAGGAGGCGAAGCCAAAGCGCGCGCACCUUAUCAUAAGUAUGAUGGAGUUGAGUUGAAAUGGUGAAUGGAGAUCAAUCGACUCAAUGUCUUUCCAUCAUGUAUCUACCUAGCUAGCUACCAACUUAGCUACGCUACUAGAUCUUCACCAGCAGCAGGGCGUGAUGUGAUAUGACGACGUCUACGCUUCUCACCCGAAGCUCGCCCCAAAUAUGGCAUUUGAUCGAGCUUCUCCGCAUAUUGGCUCGGGUCGAGUGAAACACCCGCCCACCUCGCCGCCUUCUUAUCUCUUGCAAGGGAAUAUGGAUUCCUUCAUGAGGCAGAGAAGCUACAAUUAUUAUAUAUAGAUAUAGAUAAAUAUACAAGCUUACUCCCAUGAAAAUCACGUGUUAGUAGCAUUGCUUUGUCCUUGAUUAGCCUCGGAUAGGCUAAUUAUAUUUAAUCAAUCUAGCCAUUUAGGAAAUCAAACCCUUUUUUUGAACUGUAACUUAGGUUAUUUAAUCUCCAAAUUACUGUGCCUCAAGGAAUUUUAUUAAUGGUUAAUAAGGUUCCAUUGGGACACGACAAACAUGCAUUUAUUUGUAUUACUAGGGACUUGUCAUUAAUGUGACAUGUUUAAUUAUGUAAUUAUUAUUUAUUCCGUAUUAGCUAAUAGCAACGUACGCACUAAGAGGAUUCCUUCUCCAAACUAUUGAUUGAGAAUGAAUGAUAUUUCUGUUAAUA